AUAAAGUGGGACGUUUUAGUUUUUUUAAAUAGGUGAAAUAUCGCUAAAGUGUGGAUGUCGUUGUAAAAAUAGAUCAAUAGAUUCAGCUACUUGCAGAAGCUGCUGUUUCUGUCGCGUUCGGGGGCUUUUUGAUAGAUAAACCAACAUUUACAGGAAGUUAAAAUGUUAGCGGAUAGUUGAGGAUGGCGUGAUGUACGUGGGCUCCCAGUUGUCUGGGCCAUUUUAUUCGUUGCGUUUUCAUUUAUUGUGAACUUUAUCCCCCACUCAGCUAACUCGAUUAGCUAACAUGCUACAAUGGCUCUUCCCCUAAAGGAGCAAACCGGCAGUUCCUGAUGGCGUUGGCUUCUGCAGCUGAAAAAGCACAGUGGCACGAAGGGGACAGGUGUCUGGCUCCCACAAGAAAGGAUGGGAGUCUGCGAGAAGCUGUUAUCCAGAGACUGAAAUCCAACUUUCACAAUAAUGAAACCACAGCAUGGGUAACGUUUACAAACCAUGACAAAGAUGGAGACGAAGAAAAAGAGGAGGAGGAGGUGGCCAUACCGUGUUCCAAACUUUUGAGACCAGCCUUGAAUGAGUUUACCCUGGAAAAACCUGUGUUUCCUAACAGUGUUACAGACCCCAGCCUUGUUGUUCCUCUAGAGUUGGAUGGUAUUAACGGAGACAGAGUCCCAUACACCAUCAAUAGGUACCUGAGAGAUUACCAGAGAGAAGGCAUCCGGUUCAUUUACAGCAGCUACACUUGUUCCAAAGGUUGUAUCCUCGGGGAUGACAUGGGACUCGGAAAAACUGUACAGGUAAUUGGUUUCCUUGCUGCAGUGUUGCACAAAACAGGCACAUGGGAGGACGUAAAGAAGAACAGGCCUCAGUUUCUGCAGAGUCAAAUGCCAUCCAGUCAAAGUAAACCCAGCAAAGUGUUUCUUAUUGUGGCACCGCUUUCAGUCCUUUACAACUGGAAAGAUGAGUUGGACACGUGGGGUCACUUCCAGUGUGUUGUGAUCCAUGGGUUGAGGAAAGAGGAAGAGCUGGCACGCAUUAAGAAGGGACGCAUUGAGAUUGCACUCACCACCUAUGAGACUCUGCGCCUUUGUCUGGAUCAGUUUAAUAACAUAGACUGGUCUGCUGUGGUUGUUGAUGAGGCUCACAAGAUAAAAAACCCCAACUCUCAGAUCACUCAGGCCAUGAAGGAGAUGAGAUGUAAGAUCAGAAUUGGCCUUACAGGCACCAUCUUACAGAAUAACCUUGAGGAGCUGUGGUGCGUCAUGGAUUGGGCCAUACCUGGUUGUCUUGGCAGCUUGGGACAUUUCAGGACUAAGUAUACAGACCCGAUUGAGCAGGGACAAAGACACAGUGCAACCAAACGUGCCCUAGCUACAGGGAGGAAGACUGUCAAAGCACUGGCGAGGAAGAUUUCUCAGUGGUUCCUCAGAAGGACUAAAGCUCUCAUCAAGGAACAACUCCCUAAGAAGGAUGACAGGGUGGUCUAUUGUUCUCUGACUGACUUUCAACAGACUGUGUAUCAGGCGGUGCUGGACACAGAAGACGUGAAAUUACUACUGAGAUCGUCAGAGAAAUGUGACUGUCAAAGUGGACGCACCCGUAGAAGCUGCUGCUAUAAAACAAACUCUGCAGGUGUUAAAAUUAAGACCCUUUACUUCAGUUACCUGGCCAUAUUGAGGAAAGUUGCCAACCACGCAGCACUUCUUCAGUCCACCACAGCAACCAGCGAGAAGCAGGUAAAAUAUGUGACGGCCAUUUGUCAGAAAGUAUUCCAAAGGUUUCCAGACUUUGUGCAGAGAUGCAAAGAUGAAGCGUUCGAGGCCUUGACAGACCCAAUGUACAGUGGAAAAAUGAAGGUUUUGCAAAAGCUGCUCAAAUAUUAUCUGCAAAGGAGGGAUAAAAUACUACUAUUUUCUCUUUCAACCAAGCUGUUGAAUGUGCUGGAGAACUAUUGCAUGGCCGAGGGGCUGGACUACAGCAGGUUGGAUGGCACCACCAAAUCCAAAGAGAGAGUCCAGAUUGUCAGACAAUUCAACUGCUCCACUCACAUCAACCUCUGCUUGGUUUCAACAAUGGCGGGAGGUCUUGGGCUCAACUUUGUUGGAGCUAAUGUGGUGGUGCUGUUUGACCCCACCUGGAAUCCAGCAAAUGACCUCCAGGCUAUUGACAGGGCAUAUCGUAUCGGCCAGUGGAGGGAUGUAACUGUUCUCAGGCUGAUAUCAUUGGGCACCGUGGAGGAAGUAAUUUACCUUCGACAAGUUUACAAACAGCAAUUGCAGUCCUCUGUUCUUGGCAAGGAGAGCGCCCGUCGGUAUUUCGAGGCAGUGCAGGGGCAUGGCGUGCAUAAAGGGGAGUUGUUUGGGAUCAAAAACCUUUUCAGGCUGCAGACCCAGGAGACAUGCCUUACCCGCCACAUUUUAGAGCGUGAAGGACAAGUGGAGGCUGGUGUAAUAACGACCAGCACACACACAGGCGAAGAGGAGGAGAGGAAAGGAGUUAGCGAACGUGGAGACUCUUCAGCUAAGGAUGAUCCAGGACCUAGUGUUGAAAAAGCCAAGGAGAACAAAGAAGCAUCAAAGAUCCCCAGGGAACUGCUGGACUUCAGUAGUGGGAGUGAAGAGGAUGAUGAGUUGCAGGGGCUUAAGAGGGAGGUCACAAACCCCAAUGCAGUCGAUGGCAAGAGGAACGGGAGUAGUGCCACUGGACCUAGUCGAAUGAGCCUCUUGCAUCAUGGAUUUUCCAGGCUCCUCGAAAGGUUCAAAGGAGAUCCAGCAGCGUCAGAGGAUGAAGACAGUCCAGGUGCCGCAGAAAGACUUUCUGACACAGACACAAAGGAUGAAGGGAAAAAGAGUGAACCUACCUCAUCUGGCAUCUGUAAGAGUUCCACAGUGGAGAAUAGUGGAGGUUGUGCCCCGAAGUUGGGAAUAAAAUCCUGGGACUUCACUAGUGGUUCUGAGAGAGAAGAUGAAGGCAAGGAACAUGAGGGGAGAUGUAAAAAGUCCUUUUUGAUAAAAGACAGUAGUGAGACUGUAAUAAUCAGACAGGCAUCGAAUGACUGGACAAGAAAGAAAACUACAGUAGACAAAGAAAGUGAUGAAGAGACCUCAUCAGAGAAAAAGCAAAACAGACUCCAAACCACAUUUCGCACAAUGCAUCGCUGUGAUAGUUACUCUGAUGAAUCAGAGGACUUUGAGCUAGAAGAAGGUGCACAACCAAAGAAGGAUCCAUUAACUUCACAUGGUAGAAGACACAACGCUGCAAGAGGAGGACCUGGCACCAGCAGAAGGAGGCAAAGUGCGAGUGUGAAGCACAAAGCCCGGUCAAAGCACACAGGAGACAUAGAAACAUUCACAUCUUCAGAGGAUGAACACAUUCCUAAUAAGAAAGGGAAGUCUUCGGGGUGUCACGUCACAUCUCCUCAGACAGAAACAUCCAGGGCUGCGGUGUCAAAAGACGGGCAACGAGCAACAGCACACAGCAUGAAAAAACACAGAGCUAUGUCAUUUACUAGUCUGAAGAAUCAGACCUCCCUGGCAUCCAAAGAAGCCGAUGCAACAAUCGACACAGUGUUAGGCGGUGUAACAGAAGUGGUUUACACCCACUCGAACCAACGUGUGGUGGGUGGAAGCAAAGCAGAGCAGCUCAUCAGCAGAGCCGCAAUAAGGGAUGUGUUUGAGCGCAAGAUGUACUCUCAACUCCCAGCCAAUCAGCUGCUAGACAUGCAGGAGAGCCUGUCAUCAAGCCCACCAGACAGCUUGCCCUGCACUUCCACUGUUGGGCUGGAGAAGCCACGUGUGAGCCAUCCAGUCACCUUCACCAGCACGAGUGUACGCCACACCAGACAUACCACCUUCAUCGUCGGAGAGACUCCCCAGGCUAUACGCAGGCGGCAGCUGGAAGACAUGGCAGCAAAAUUCAAAUUCCCCUCCGUUUAUGAGUUUGCGGCAGAGAUUGAGAGGAGAGGCUCAGACCAGAGACUGGCCCUGCUGCGACAGUAUUAUACAUCGCUGGACUACCCGGACCUGACGGAUACAGUCACGAGCAGCUUCCCACAACCUGAGUCCUCUGCAGCUGCUGCCCCCUCAACAUCAGCUGCCACAAAAUCUCACGCAGAGACCAGGACCCAAGCAAAGCAUGUUCCAAGAGCCACAAAAAGGCCUAAACACAGCCUGGAGCUAAAAACCAAGCAACACACUGUAACACAGGGAAAGUCAAACGUGCAGGAGAACAGUGGUCCAGGAUCCCAGAAAAAGCUAAGGAAGAGGAAUUUUCUAGAAUGUCUGAGUGAUAUUCCAAGCCCUGUGUCAGAGGAUGAGGAGGAGACUGUCUGCAGUGCCAGAGGACAUAGGAGGACAGAGAGGGGUAGUGUUUCAGGUUCUGGAGCCUUCGGAGCUGGUGGUGGUCUUGGCGUGGAUCGAGCCAGCAGCAGCGGUCUGGGUUCUGGGGAGGCUGCUGUUUUCCUGAACCGCUCGCACAGAGAUACCCCUUCUUCUACGGACCUCAGCCAUGGCAGCUCUGCGGCGUUAUCCAAACCCGCAGCACAGGGAAGGCAGCGGGGGCCGAAAUCGUCCUCCAAGACUGGAGGAUCUUUUCAAGGGCAGGCAGAAAAUUGUCCGAGCGUUUCCUGUGGCGAACGAGCUCCUGUCUCCUCCAGUAAACGCUCGCUCCUCACCGAUCUGAUAGGAGACACCUCCAUCCUUGAUGAUUUGUUUAGGCCUAAAGCAAAGGGGGCGCACGCACGCAUAACACCUAAGUCCCAGGCUGAACCGCCCGUGCAGCCAUUGAAGCACAGUCGCAAAGGCUUCUGGGACAUCCUGAAUGAGGGUAACGAGGAGAGCAUCAACAGGUUGACAGACCCAGCAGAAGUGCAGAGAGUCUGCACCAACACUCACUUUUCAGCUAGAAGAGCAUCUAGAGAGGAGGAAGGAAAGAGUCUCUGGAGGACGAACGAGAAGUUCCUGUGGAAGAAAUAAAGUAGAAGAGACACUUUAGUUUCUUUAAAGAGUUUUAAAGAUUAUUUUUAUUUAAGAACAAAUAUUUUAAACUGCUUUUUAAAACUCAUUUUAUACAUUUACAGUUCCUGUUACAGUUCAUUUUCCUCUGAGUUGUUGAAAAAAGUUUUAGUGAGUGCCUAAAAUGAUAAAUCUUCAUUAAACUGGAUGUUACUCACUCUGAGGAAAUGGA